AUGUCUGGCGAUAAACGAAAACGUGCAUCACGUGAUUCAUUUGUUACUGUUACGAAAAAGACAAUCGUCACACCACCUUCAUCUGAACAAACUGAAACCGAUCAGUCUGAGCUUAACACACUUGAAGUUGCAGAAAUUAUUGAUGAUGAGUUCGAAGAAUCAAACAAUAUCAAUCCUUCGGAUGUGAGCCAAAACUUAAAUGCUAUUGACUCUCAUCCAAGUACUCAUGAAAACGAUAUCGGCUUUCAACUAUCAUUACGUACUACUCUUACUAACGAAACUAAAUUUCGACUUCUUACAAAACCAUGUCGACCUGACAACAAGUAA